CUCCACCACCACCGGCUGUUGUUGAGCUGGCUUCAAUAAAAUAAACUAUUUUUGUGUGAUUAAAAUUUUAUGUAGUGAGAACAACAAGAGGAACGGAACGGAACAGCACUUUCGACUUUAAUUACCUGCUAACCGGACGGACCUAUUUGCCUGCGACGGAGGAAUGACCAUGCACCCCAACACUCUCCUCCUCUUGAUUUUUGCAUGCCCAACCAAUUAAGAUGCAUCUAGUAGCUGGAGAAAGUUACCUGCCUUGUUCCCUUAUAAUUUCUUGACUCGCGAAUAAUAUUGUGUAUCAACCAUUUGCCUUGACCAAAUCCUGACCCACGAAAGGGCGGCCAGUUGAACCAUGGAGCCCACUACUGCCACGGACAGCUCACCAGCCCCACCGAUAACGAAUCCACCACUCCCUUUGGCUCCGCCCCCACCACCUUCUGCGACAACAACCUCUUCGACCCCGACUCCAUCUUCUUCUUCAACCGCCGAGCCAAGCAGUACACCUGUGGGCGCAACAAAGACAACAACAACUACCACUGCGACCAGUACUGUAUCGGAUAAAUCUUCACCAAUAGCAACCACCACAACGACCACAACCACUGUAACUUCGUCGUCGUCUUCUCCUCCUAAGCAGUCCAACUCUGUGACCAUCUCUUUGACUCUUCCAACACAACCUCCCAAGUCGUCGUCAUCAUCGUCGUCGUCGUCACACCCACAUCAGCCUCCUCUGCCUCCACUACCACCGCCAAAGGACGCCACUGGGGAUGUUCCACCCCCUCCUCCUCCUCCACCUUCUACACCAGUAACGUCAUCAACUGUUUCGCACAACAAGCCCAAGACGGAAGAAGGAGACAGUAAAAAAACUACUGCGUCCUCAGACCCAGCAACAACGACGACCUCAACACCAAUUACAUCCAUGAAGAGACCGGCUCCAUCCACUGAGCCACACCCGCCACCACCACCACCACCUGAAUCCACUGAUUCGGACGGAGACGCGGACCCAAAGAAAAAAAAGAUGAAAAAAGAAACAGGGGGAGGAAAUGUUGCAAGUGGAAGUAGUAGGACUGAUGACAGUGGCCCAAGUAGUGGAGUCUCUUCAAAUGUUUCCUCGUCUGCAAGAAGUACUAGCUCUGCUGCUGGUGGUAGUAGUAGUAGUAGUAGCACAUCUACUAAAUCUACAAAACACUCCUCUUCAUCCUUCAAACCUACAUCGACAACAGCAACUUUGGAUAAAGAGAGAGGGGACAAACCAGCGCCGACAAUCAAAGAGAAAGAUAAAGUUGUCUCUACUCCUUCAACUACGGCAGCACCUACCCCCACAGCUACGACGAGUACAGCCCAACCUGUGAGUAAAGGUAGUUCAAUAUCAAGCGCAAUCUCACCCCCAACAACUGCAACGACGACCACCACAACACCUACAGUUAAAGAUGGGACGACAGAUGAUAACAAAGCCACCUCCACCACGACUAACAUUACAUUUCCAUCCAAAGGGGCAGUAACGGUAGGAGCAGGGGGAGCCAAUAAUGCUACUACCUCUGCCUCUUCUUCAUCCGACACUGCAGUUGGACCGAAGGUGCCCCCACUGAAAAUAGUGCUGCAGAGCUUCACGCCAGGUCCCCCAAUUUCCACCACGACCAAUAAGGAAGCCAACAAAGAUACUAAAGCAGAAACUGCUGAAAAAGAACUCCAACCAUCAGCUACUACCACUCCCACCAGUACGACCGGAACAACGGCGGUAACAUCAGCCCCUCCUACCACUUCUAUAACCGGAAGUAAUACGUCGUCAGUGGUCUCAUCCACCACCACAGAGACUACGACAACAACAGGGAGUAAAGACAAGGAGGUUAUCAACAACAAGGUAAUAGAAACUCCUUCUGUCGUCCCUGGAGUAGUUGUGGAAGAGAACAAGGAACAACACCACAGUAAUACCAAAUCAGGAAAGACAAGUGUUCCAGUAGUAUCUCCCUCACAAUCUGCAGGAUCAUUGACCGUCCCAUCACAAACAGCUCAUCAGACCAAACCCAAUAAAGACUCGACGGCAGUUGCAACAACCACCGUAACGACAACACCCACCACAGAUAACUCGAAACAACAAGCUCAAGCCAGCUCUUCUUCCUCUGCUGUCACCACUUCUGGCGUUAGUGACAAAUCUGAAAAAGAAACACAGAUUGUCAAAGGGAACAAGGAAACGGUGCCAGCUAUUGCACCACCCCCUAUGACGCCUUCUACUACUACUACUACUGCUGCAGCUACGCCCUCCACCACAACUACAACUACUGCACCCACUGCAGAUAGUAAAGGGAGCAAAGGCCAUGCAGAGGAAGUGGUCCCGCACCCACCUCAUAGUUCUAGCAGGAAAGAGAAAAGUGAAAAGGGUGGGUCUGGUGGUAGCACUAGUAGUAAUACUACUACUACGACGACGUCGACGAGUGAACAGGACGGCGGAGGAGGCCGAAUUGAGCACGGACCUAAAGAGAAGCCUACUCGAAUCACUCGCAGCUCGCAUAGAAUUCUGGAAAAACACGGGGGCUCGUCUGGUUCUGGGGGGCUUCCCCACUCACCGAGUAGCAUUUCCCCCAAAACCAGUGCUUGUCCUUCGCCAUCCACCAGCCAACAUGGUGAUGAUAAACAUGAUGAAAAGAUGGACACAACUGAAAAUUCCUCUACUGCACCACCACCUCCAACUCCAGCGGAUUUGCACCCACGGAAAAGAAAGUUGAAAAAUGCAAAGGACACGUCCUCGUCAACUGCUGCUGCUGCAACCAGUUCUUCGUCAUCCGCCCCAUCCUCUGCUGCUGUUGCUUCUACUACAGCCACGACAGUGACCAGUUCAAGUUCGACGUCAAAUCUGUCCGAGAAAGAGUCUGCUACGAGCACUGGCAGCGGUGAAGCUGGCGGCUCACAUGGUCAUGGGCAAUCAUCUCAUCAACAACAGAAUGAUCCUCCACCCAUGAUGAACUGCUUUGAAAUGUUUCAAAAUAUCCGGAAACAGAUUGCUCGUCGCCGACGGAACCUAUUUCCCGUGACACCCAAACCACCCAAAGGAUUUAAAGAUUAUCUCAUGAACCGCGGGACGUACGUCCUUCAAGGAAAUCCUAACGCCCAGUUGGCCAUUCCCCUCCUCAACGCCCCCUCCUCUCUCCAAAUGGGAAUGAAGGAGAGUUUCUUGGACCAGGAGAAGGGGCGUCACAAACUGAGACUUCAACACCUCGUAGAGAAGGAGAAGCUAGUGUUGGCCGUGGAGCAGGAAAUUUUGAGGGUGCACGGACGGGCUGCUCGGGCUUUGUCAAAUCAAACCCUCCCCUUUUCUCUCUGCACCAUCCUCAAAGAUGAGGAAGUGUAUAACCUGCUUACUCCAGAGCAGGAGGAGAAAGACAUCACGGCACGGUCACGCUACAAUGGAAGACUCUUCCUCUCCUGGCUGCAGGAUGUGGAUGACAAAUGGGAUAAAAUCAAGGAGCAAAUGUUACUCCGACACCAUAACGAGGCGGAAAGCCUGCAUGCGGUCCAGAAGAUGGAUUGGGAGUGGAAAUUGAAGGAAUUGGGACUCUGUGAACCUAAGGCGUCACCAUCCAUUGAGGAAUAUCACGUUCCUAUGGUCCAUGUUUCUGAUGACUUUGAUCUUCUUCCAGCUUAAUCAGUUGUAUCCGUUGAAUUUUGAAUUGUUAUUGUCGUCCUCUAGAGUCUCCAAUUUGAGUCCACGUUUGACUCGGACGUUUUCAAAUAUCAUGCAAGAAUUUGUAGUAAUGUACAUACCCAUAUAUCGAGUAGAUUGAGUAGAUGUAGAAUAGCAUAGGUUAUAACAUUUUUAUUUGAUUGGAAUUUAUAACGGUUUGUGCAGGGUGUAAUAAAUUUUUUGGUGUACAAA